AAUAGACUCAGACAAUAGAAUCCUCUCUAUAUAAGCGCAAGCACUGCAAUACAUUUUUUCAUAUACAAGUCGAAGCAUUCGUAAAUUCUGUGUGCCACCGAACAUGGUUAAGACGUUGGCAAAUCGGGAACAACAUACCACAUUGGAGCACAGCCAAGACAAGGCACAACAAUUCAAGGGAGUGCGAAUGAGAAAAUGGGGGAAAUGGGUUUCCGAAGUGAGAGUGCCCAAUUCCAGGGUUAGAAUUUGGCUGGGAUCUUAUGAUUUCCCUUAUCAGGCCGCUCGGGCUUAUGACUGUGCAAUUUACUGCCUCAGAGGAUCCCAAGCCAAGUUUAAUUUCCCUGACUCACUGCCGGAAAUUCCGUCCGCCUCUUCACUAUCUCCUGCACAAAUUCAAUCUGUGGCGGCCAAAUUUGCUCUGCAAGAAUUCCGGCAGGUUCCGGAUAACGGCGCCGUAUUUUCUGCUUCGAAAUCCCAGUUUUGUAUGGAGAGGCAGCAGAUCUUGGAGGAGGACGGGUUGACACUGCUGGAUUCGCUUCUUGGGGAUAUGACCGAUUUUGAGGAUUUUCCAACAUUAGAGGAAGUCGUUGAGAAUAGCUAUUUUCCUAUACUCGCGGAAGAGCAGAGAGGGCUUUUUCCGCAGCGGACGGAAGACCUGCGAGAAUUCCCGGUGGGGGGUCGCAGUAAGGGGUUUGAGGGACAAAUUGGGAGAAAUUAUGUAUAAGUGUGUAAUUUA